AUGGCUGGCGUCUUUACUCAACACAGUCAGUCGACUGUGCCAGCACUGCCUCUACAAUCCUCCAGCAAGGCUUCCAUUCCCGCUUUGGAAGAUGACAAGGAGAACCAGCCCAGUGCCCCUGUGGUCCCCGUACCAGCUGCGGCCCUGAGCCGUAUGAGCCUUGAGUCUAUCGGUCGGCCGCGAUCAUCAGCCUCCAUUCCUCAGACCACCCUCACGCCUCUCAGCGAGAGACCUUUGCACCAGGCGCUCAUGGACCAGGCAUUGGAUAUGGCUCGACUAGCACUGCGAACCAACGAGACACCCGUUGGUUGUGUCCUUGUCCACAACGGAUCGGUCAUUGCGAGAGGCAUGAAUGCCACGAACGUGACUCGGAACGGUACCCGCCAUGCUGAGUUCAUGGCAUUGUCUGCACUGCUGUCCUACCGACCCAACAAUAGUGAGGAGGCCGUCGAUGCUCAGCUUCGCCAACAGGCCAGCGAACGUUCCAAAGUAGAUGUUCCUGACGACGAAUCGGACUUGUUCCCCGACGACGACGAGUAUGUUAGGAAAGGUCACCUCUACCCUUACGGCCAGAAGCUUCAUCUCGAUCCUCGGGUCGACCGCUCUAUCGUCCGGGGGUGCACUCUUUACGUCACAGUCGAGCCCUGCGUCAUGUGCGCUGGUCUGCUUAGACAACUCGGUAUCAAAAAGGUCUACUUUGGCGCUGUCAACGACAAGUUUGGCGGAACUGGUGGCGUGUUCAGCAUCCACAAGAACUCUACAGACACCCGCCAAGACCCCAAUCCGGUCACUGUUCUCAGGCCGCUCCAGAUCAAUGCCUCCAACGUUCCAAGACCGGUCAGCUCUGCAUCUGCGAAGAGUUCCCUCAACAGUAAUCGUCCCGCGAGCCGAGGUGGCGAUGGCGGAAACGUUGAGCCAGGCUUCGAAGCAGAAGGCGGUUGGGGCCGCGACGAAGCAGUCGGUUUACUGCGGAGAUUCUACGUGCAGGAGAAUGGAAGAGCACCAGUACCGCGCAAGAAGGAAGGCCGCGCUGCUAGACUGGCAGCCAUGGAGCAGGCUGGAGGCGAAGGCGGAACACCUGUACCCUCCGAGGCUUUCGAUGUCGCUGGCAACGGUCCUUCAACUGUCUCCAACCGCAGUGACGACACGGACGAGGCUUGA